AUGGCAGCCUCGAGGCUUGUGUUGUCGCUGCUGGUGGCAGCUCUGCUGCUGCACGUGGCCACCACGCUGAAGGUCGGCGCCUUCAACAUCAAAGCGUUUGGGGACACCAAGAUGUCCAACCAGACCGUCGCAAAUAUCAUCGUCUCUAUCCUGUCAGAGUACGACAUCAUUCUGGUGCAGGAGGUCCGGGACGCCGACCUGAGUGCUGUGAAUAACCUCAUGGACCAGCUCAACAGUGCUGGGGGGCACCCAUACAGCUUUUUGGCCAGCAUCCCCCUGGGUCGGACCAGCUACAAGGAGCAGUACCUCUACAUCUACAGGUCAGACAUGGUCUCCGUGCUGGGAAGCUACUACUACGAUGACGGCUGUGAAGCCUGUGGGACCGACACCUUCAGCAGGGAGCCCUUCAUUGUGAAGUUCUCCUCACCCACCACACAGGUACAGGAGUUCGUGUUGGUGCCCCUGCAUUCCGAGCCCAGCCACGCAGCACAGGAGAUCGAUGCGCUCUACGACGUCUACAACGAUGUCAUCAACAAGUGGGGGACUAACGACAUAAUCCUUCUGGGGGAUUUCAACGCUGACUGCUCCUACGUGACCAGCUCCCAGUGGCCGUCCAUCCGCCUGCGCUCCCUCAGCGCCUGCGAGUGGCUCAUCCCCGACAGCGCCGACACCACCGUGGCCGACACCACCGACUGCGCCUACGACCGCAUCGUCGCCUGCGGCACCGCCCUGCGCCGAGACGUUGAACCUGGCUCCGCCACUGUUAAUAACUUCGAGAAGAAAUUCCACCUCCAGAUCAAGGAUGCUUUGGCUGUCAGCGACCAUUUCCCAGUGGAGGUGAUCCUGAAAGCCCAGUGA